AUGAGCGACGCAGCAAAGGCCCGGGCUGAAGCCCGCAAAAAAGCGAUUUUAUCUGGCCGUACAAACCGACUUGCCAAGCUCACUUCAACUGCACGAGGAGAAGAGGCUGCUGCAGCGUUCAUCCGAGAGGCCCAGGCUCAAGAAAAGGCGCAGGCUCUUGCUCAGGCCCAAGCAGAGGCCCAAGCCCAACAAAAUGACCUGACAUUGCCUGGAUUUCGGGACUCGAAUCUCCGCGACUUUGUGGGCGAAUCGACUCCUAUAACAUCCCUCACACCCUCUCCUGGUCCUUCCCGGGCGGCUACUCCGUCUUACAUGGCCGAUCUGGGCAACCGAACUCGCGAUGACUCGGGUCUUGAUUCCCCUCCGCCUGUCUGGACCCCAGAGCAAGAAGCAUUGUUGCGCAGGAUCAUGGGCGGACCUCCAGGUGCUGGAUCUCCGGAUACUGGUAUGGCAGAUCCUUUAGCAGCAAUGAUGUCCAUGUUUUCAGGACCUGGAGGUCCACUCGGCGACAUGUUGGGCGGCCUUGGUGGGAAAGAAGGCGAUGCCAUUCCUCCCGCGCUGAAGAAUCUCGGGAUGGGUUCAAACCCCCCAGGAAGCAUUCCAUGA